UUCAUUUCAGAUGACAUCCCACUUUAUUUUCCUUCGCAAGCUGGUUUAGCUGCCAUGUUCAUUGAAGAGACCGUCCAUUACUCCUUUGAUGAUGCUGGCUACAAUGAAUGGUGGAUCGGAGAAGCUGAGGGAAAUGGAACAGUUCGAUUGGGUUCCCAGAACCGCCUUUUCUUCAUCUCUUUUUGGCAUCAGUUGCAUUGCCUGAAGAUGAUGCAUGCAGGUCUCAAGGCCAAGGUCAUGUCCCUUGAUGACCUGCUGCAUGCACAGCACUGUUUCAAUCUUCUUAGUCAAUGGAUUCUUUGCCAUGCAUAUACUGUCUUGGAACCAGAUGACUUCACCCAAAGGAACUUCAAAUACAAUUGCAGUAAUCAGUUACAUAUUUGCAACAACUGGAAUACACUAUAUGCUGAGAUAUCUCAAAACUGGCAUGAUUGGGUAUGA